AUGUAUUUUUUUUAAUUGUAAUAUUUGUGUGUUGAAUAUUUUAUAUUAUAUCGAAAUUUUUAUAUCACGAGGGAAAACCAUUUAUUUAGUCGGUAGUGAAUCUUAUAGAUCACGAUAAAUUGUUGUAAAUUGUGUUAAAUGAUACAGAAAGACGUUUCAGUGUACAUUUAUUACUCUUCGUUGGCCAUAUGAAGAUAUAAUGUUUCUGUGUCAAGAUAAAAGUAAAAAGAAAAGAUUACAAAAGCCAAACAUAUUACGUAGAAACCCCAAGACUUUUAAAUCAAUCAACAAGGACCUUGACCUAAUUAGAGAAAAGCCUAUAGACGCAAGUUUAUUGGUAGAAACUGUCCCAAAAAAUGGGUCAAAAAAAGACCACAAAAUGAAAACCCUGAGUGAAGUCAAUGAGAGCCUUGAUCUCUCAGAAGUUGAACCUAAACAAACUUGUUUGAUUCCUAUACAUUCAGAUAUAACAGAUGUUCAGCCUUCGUUGAAUGUUGACUCUUUUCUGAUUAGACAUUCUGAAGAGCAGAAUAAACCCUUUAAGAAAAAUAAACAGAAUGCCGUUGGCUCACAUGAUAAAGUCUGCUUUGCAUUUAUUGAUGAUUCAAACCCAUUUAUUUCUGGAAACUGUAGGCAUUUGAAAGAAUUGUGUUCUUCAGAGAAGAUAAAUUUCAACUCCUUUAUUCCACACACAUUCAAUGAAAGAACAGAAACAGUCCAUUCAGAUAAUGAACUUGUGAGGUUUUCUAUUGAUGGCAUUUCCCAAAGUAGAACUAAAUACAAGUGUGAUGUGGGAGAUUGUGGAAAGGUAUUUUUAAGUGAAGAAAAAUUAUUAAAACAUAAGAAUACUCAUAAUAAAGUAUGCAGGAUUGCACGACCAAGUGUUUUUGAAUGUCCUGUUAAGAAUUCAAGUAAAUUAGAAGUGACCUGUCACAAAGUAUUUUUAGUUAAAGAAGAGCUUAUUAAACAUAUAAAUGAAGACCACUCAGUAGAUGAUGCAGCAUUUAAAUGUGACGUUUGCGAGCGUCGUUUCUUUUGGGCAUCUGGCCUACGUGCGCACAAGCGUUCGCACGUUGAGCGUGCGUCUUUUGCGUGCCCUUGGCCCGAGUGUGGGCGUGUGUUCCGACACGCUUGUCGCCUGCGAGAACACAGCCGAGCGCACACUGGAGCCAAACCCUACCAUUGCACUUAUCCGAAUUGCGACUGGUCGUUUCGAACUGCGAGCAAGCUACUGCGUCACUCGCGGCGUCAUACAGGCGACCGACGUCAUACAUGCGUGCAAUGCGGCCGAGCGUUUCUGCGACGCGAACACUUGCGCGACCACGAAGCUAGGCAUCACACUUUAGAAGACUCAUCUAAUGCAGUGCAAGAUAAUAACACAUGUGACAUAAACGCAAAGCAACAGAAACCAAUUAAGAAGUCUGAUAAAUCCACGACCAAAGUGAAAAGAAAACAAAAUACAUGUAAUGUUGAAAGUGACCCCGAGCGUCUAAAAAAAACUGGACAAAAAUUCAUGGUUGAACUUUGGGAAGGAAAUCAAAAAUUGCUGGACCAACAGUCUGUUGCGGUACCCGACAUGAAUGAUGACGAUCUACCAAAGUCUGGGGAUGUAAAGGAUUCACUCUUGGGUCCUGGAAGUUGUGAAGACUUUGUGGCGUUCCCGGAGGAAGGGAAGGAUCUGGUGAUCAGUCACGGAGACAAAGAGUUUGUGAUAACAACUGAAGAUUUGGUGAUUCAGACCAGAGAAGAGGGGGACUUGGUGAUUACAUCGCAUUUUGAAGGAGAAAGAGAUUUCGUAUUGACGACCGGUCCUGAUGAUUUAGUAAUUACUGGGGAGGAAGCAAGGGAUGAUCAUGCGGCGCGUACGCAUUGCACGUGGCCUCUGCAGAAGGCGGACUACAAUUCCGAUGAUUAUGUCCUAGAAGAUGAUGUUCAGGUAGAGCAGUUAGAAGGAUCAGAAAGUAAUGUGUUCACUGUGCGAAGCGAUCUUUUCCUUCACGGCAGUGUCUUCCACAAUGAUGAUAGCGAACAGAUGUGCAGUGCGGUACGUGCAAGUGUGUCUGAGCGUGUUCUGGAUUCGGAACUCAUGUUGGACGCACCCUCCGUGCAUCUUGCGCAGGAGGAGCUAUAUACAGAUGCAGUGGACGAGUCGUCUUUCAGAGUUUUUCUUUUAAGUGGUGAAGAUCUCACAUGAGAGUUUUUCUAAUAAAAUUCGUAUCUAUUAUUAAGAGUUAGUGUAAAUGUAUGAAAGGUAAAACUAGAUUUUUCAAACCUAUACUUUUUUUGUUCAUUGAGUUUCAGGAUGCGAUAGAGAUGCCAGAUAGUGAACAUUUCUUUAUAUUAAUAUUUAAUAAGGGUGUUAUUUCGAGAGAGGUCGCUACUAUCUGAGAUCAGGGACAGACCAAUCUUGCAGUAAUUGGCCGAACUUGUAAUUCCCAUAUCGACUUUACCUCCAAAUACAUUUGUGUAAAUAAUAUUCGCUGUCUCACGUUCCGAUUGCAAUGACCUUACUCUUUCAAGUGAAGUUAAAAUUUCGUAAAAUUCAAAAUCAACAUUGUAUUUGUCUGGGGUUUUUACAACAAUUAGAAACAGAUGCCGAUAGUUAGUAUACAGAUGGCGCAUUUUUUAAUUGAAUACCGUUAGGAAUUUGUAAAAAUUAUUAAGAGUAACAUAUAAAGACGGGCGUUGAAAAGGCCUAUCUUUCUAUCUAUUUAUAACUUAAAAUUAUUAUUUUCUUAUGGACACUGCGCCGACUGUGCUAAGUUAACUAAACAUGCAAAUCCUUGUCUGAUUAUAAUUAUUGUAGACCCCAAAAAAGUUCGGAUCGGAGGUUCUUGAAUGCGAAUUAUUAAGUUCAAUAUUGCAAUCAUAGGAAUGGUUAUUGUGAAUUACGAUGUAUGGGUACUGGUAUUGCGUCUCUAUCGCUCUGCACCUCCGCAGUAUAAACCAGAUAUUACCAUAUUUUUGAUGAUGAAUGAACUGAUGAUGGUCCGUUGGGGCCAAAAUGUAUAUUCUUAGUACUAAAAAGGUGCUCAAAAUGUCAUAGUUUUGUGUGAGGAAAGUUUUAUGAUACGUUUAGCUACGAACAGAAAGAUUUAAAGAAGUAAGAUCUCAUGAGGAUUAUUUGAAUUGUUAAGGAGCCCUUGUAAGCUUUAUUGGAUAACCAUUACACAUCGUUUGGCAUAUAUUUACAUUAAUUAAUUUUCUGGACAGAAGAUUUUCUGUUUGUGAAAUCACGUGUUUUCCAAUUGUUUUUGUGCCCGAACUCGUCAUUAUUUUUUUGAUAUAUUAUAUUUAUUACCUUAAUUUAAAUUGUCUAGUUAUCCUUGAUGUUUUUGUGUCAUAUAAGAAGAUCGAUUUUAUAAGAUUAAAGGAUUUAGUAUUUGUUUUGGGGUAAAUUACAGCGUCAAACAUAUAGUCAUUUUUAACAUCACAGAUAAUUUUUUAUCAAGCCGACGGAAGUAAUAAGUUGUUCAUAGGACCUCUGUUAUUCACGAUAUUGGUGCAGACGAAUUUUUCUUUGUCUUGGUUUUUAUUCAAAAACAUUCACAACUUGAGACUGCAACGGGUCCAUUGUUUCUCAACAAUAUUACAUUUCGCAAUUUCCUGCACGUGCUUAGAUCCUAAGAUUCUCUUUUGUUUUAAAACUCUUUUUUUGUUAUCAUUGAAGGUAGUAUAUUAGUUAAUUAAUCUUACAAAAGCUUAGAAGGGUGUUUUUUAAGAAAAUUGAAGAUGUUACCUAGAUGUGUAAAGUACGAGGAAGGAAAUGAAGGGAUAAGAUAACCAAGGCCAGAUUUAGAGAUAAAGUACAGACGCCAUUUAAACAUCAAAGAUUUGGACAGUUGAAAAACUUGCUCGCAUUUAAACUUGGAGCCGUUUCUUGUUUUCAACGCUAGGAAAAUUUAUAAAUUUUUUUU